UAUAAUAUCAUAGUAUAACGUAUAUAUAUAUUACGCAGUAGUACUCUCUCUUCAUCAUCAACUUAAGCAUGGAAACCCUAGCUAAUAAUUCAAUACUAGUUUUUGCUCUUCUCAUCAUCAUCAUCACACUUUCAAUCUCAUCAUCAUCUGCUGCGAAUUCACUGAGCUUGAACUACUACGACCAAACGUGUCCACAUGUAGAGUAUGUCGUCGCCAACGCCGUGAAGAAAGCCAUGUCCUACGACAGAACAGUUCCGGCUGCUCUGCUCCGCAUGCACUUUCACGACUGCUUCAUCAGAGGCUGUGAUGCGUCGGUGUUGCUAGAUUCAACGAAAAAACACAAAGCUGAGAAAGAUGGGCCUCCUAACAUUUCAUUGCAUGCCUUUUAUGUCAUCGACAAUGCAAAGAAAGCUGUUGAAGCUCUGUGCCCUGGUGUCGUUUCUUGUGCUGAUAUAUUAUCCCUUGCUGCCCGUGAUGCCGUUGCUCUGUCUGGGGGUCCUACUUGGAAGGUACCAAAAGGCAGAAAAGAUGGGAGAAUAUCAAAGGCAAGUGACACCAGACAAUUACCAGCUCCCACCUUUAACAUCUCUCAACUCCAACAAAACUUUGCUCAACGAGGCCUUUCCCUUAAAGAUCUAGUCGCUCUCUCAGGAGGGCACACACUAGGGUUCGCUCACUGUUCAUCGUUCAAGAACAGACUCCACAAAUUCAACGCCAGCGUGGACGUUGACCCGACACUUCACUCGUCGUUCGCGGCCAGCCUGAGGAGUAUUUGUCCAGCUCACAACAAAGUCAAGAAUGCGGGGACCACCAUGGAUUCCACGUCGACAAUCUUCGACAACGCCUACUACAAGCUACUUCUCCAAGGCAAGAGUAUCUUCUCUUCAGACCAAUCUCUACUCACAACUCCCCCAACCAAGGCCUUGGUCUCCAAAUUUGCUGCUUCUAAACAAGACUUCGAUAAAGCCUUCGUUGAGUCCAUGAUCAAGAUGAGUAGCAUCCAUGGUAGUACUGGCCAAGAAAUCAGGCUCAACUGUAAGGUGGUUAAUUAAUUAAUUAAUUAAUCAUUUUUAUAAUUAAUUUGUGGUUUGAUUAAUAAUUGAAGAAGAUGAGUGAUCAGUAGCCAAAGAUGUAAUAAUUAGUAAAUUUGAGUUUGGGUUUGUGUGUGUGGGAUAUGUAAUUAUUGUAUCACUUUGCUUUACUUUGUUACUGUUUAUAAAGUGAACGAUAACAAAUUAAAAUCAAAGUUUUGGGAAAUCAGUUUGUGUACUAUGUGUAAGUGUAGCUCAAUUUUUCAAUUAAUUAUAACUUGGCAUUCCAGUUUGAUCAUAA